AUGCAGGGCUCCCUUUUCCAGAGGCUACUCCAUCCACUGAACUGGACAAUCUACCGUCGUACUGUCCCAUCAGAGUCCCUUCCGGUGGAGUCUUUGGCCGGCUGCAGCCCAGACCCAGACCAGGGUCUUCCAGUCAGACUAAACUUUGAUUUCCAGAGUGAUGAUGGCGAUGAGGAUGAUGAUGAUGAUGAUGAUGAUGAUUUCCUAAUUAACCUUCGGACCUUUUCCCAGGAGAUGAUUAUAUGA